GGCUGCAGUGCAAAUUUGAACCGUCAGUGCGAAUUCAAAAGCACAGCGCAAUAAGCUGGCGAAAUAAGACUAAAAAGCACUGAGCGAUACGAAUACGUGUUUCCACCAAAAAAAGAGGAAAAAAAAAACCGAAAGAUAAACAUUCUAUAUAUACUUGGCUGGCGGUGACAAAAACAAAAAAUAAAUAAUAAAAAAGCUCUGGGCCAUAAAUGUUCAAAUCAGCUGGAGCGUGGGGGGAGCGCUGUUUUUUGUAGCCAGAGAGAAAUGCUCGUCGAUUGAGACUGUGGAGCUGAGAGUAUCUAGAGACGCUAAACUGACAAGAAAACCACUUCUGAUAAGGCUUAUCAGUGCCAAGAGGCUUCCAAAAUGGCCGACGAAGAUCUCAGCCCUCUGCCUUUCCGCAGGGAGCGGAACCUCAGUAACAGAAACUUCAACAAAAGAAACUCUCGCCGCCGCAUCAGCCAGCAGGCGGCGGAGCAGGAGCGCCACUCCAGCACACUCGAGCCCACUGGCAGUUGUACUCCGGAUUCCAACGACGUCGCACGGAGAGACAGCACCUCCGCGAGCAGCUCCAGUUCCAGCUCGUUCCAGCUCUCGUACUCGGUCAACUCGGACACGGAGAGCGCCUUCAAUCGCCGAUCUCUGCUCAAGAUGCGGGCCGCCGUCGAGGGCAGUCCAGAUCCGGACAAUCCCACCUCUCCCGAUCCCGCCUGGCUCAACGUUCGCGAAAAGGUGCAUCGGUUCGAGGCGCAGGAGGCCAACCUUCUGUUCCAAAAGCAGGAGCGUAACAGUCUUAAGCUCUUGGAGAACCGCCGCCAUCCAUCCUUCGAGGAGUUCGCCAGCGACCAUGGCACCCCUCCGGCCACACCUCCACGUCGCAUCCGCCUCUUGGGCCUGGGCAGCAAGCGGGUCAGCUCCAUACCCAGUACACCGGUCAUCAUACCCAACAUCGAUGAGGUGCGAUCCGAGGACGAAGUGGAUCAAAUAUCCGACUUUGAAGCUGAUCCCCAUACCGAUCCCCAUACGGGUGAACAUUCCGAGGAGCACAUUAUUGAGCACAGUGCCUCGGAGGUUCUGACUGUAGGGGAUUCCCAGGUGGUACAACAGGUGCAGCGAUCCAUUAGUGCCGAUCAAUCCCAAACCAUGCCGCUGAAAAUGCGCAACGAUAAGGAUUUUCCGAGAAACUAUCGUUCCACGCCGAGACGCAAGACUGAAAUCAUUGGGACCACCAACGAACAUGUUGUUACAAAGUUUAACUCUCUCUAUCAGCCCAGAGAUGAAAACGAGGAAGAGGAGAUUGAGUUGCGGGAGAAAAGCGACAAGUGCGUUCUUCCCAUUCUGGACGAGCUCAUCAAAACGGAGGAGGCCUACGUGAAGAACCUCUUCCUGGGCAUCGAGAACUACGGCAAUAUCUUCCAGCGCAAGGAUCUUCCGAUGGGAUUAAGAGGCAAGAAGUACGAUUUGUUUGGAAAUAUCGAACAGAUAGCCGAAUUCCAUCGGGACGAGUUCCUGCCGAUGCUGCAACGUAAUCGCAGGGAUUUGAAACGUUUGUUUGAUGAGUUUCUGCAAUUUUUGGAUCAAAACUGUUUCUAUGGCUAUGUGAUCUUUACCAUGAACAAGCAAAAGUCCCUCAAGCUGUGUGAUAUCUACAAAAAUUACUUCCUUAGUAUUCGACUGGAGCUUGAUGAUAAAUUGGGAAUCAAUAGCUUCUUGGUCCAACCCAUCCAGCGCAUGGCUCGUUAUCCUUUGCUCCUCAAUCAGUUCAUCAGUACCUUCUUUAAGAACCGUGAUCUUGUGUUGAAACCAAUUAUCGAGUCCUGCUGUCGGUUGGAGAAGCGUUUCCGCACCCUGCUCACCACCACCAAUGAAUCGGAGACCAUCAACGACAUAGUAGACUGCCAUGAGUUCAAUGUCUACUACCAGGGAAAAUUCCGGAAGGUUAACCAGUUCCAGGUGUUCGACUAUAAGCUGAAGCGCAGCUACUCGGCCAAGGUGUUUAUUUUCGACAAGUGCAUCAUUUACACGGAGAUCAAGGGCAAGAACCUGAUCUUCCACGGCCGGUAUCCUUGCGAGCACAUCGGAAUAUCGGCCAAGACCAAGUCCUUCACGCUCUACUACGAGCGUAGGAAGCAGCAGGAGUGCGAAUUCACUGCAGAUGCUGCCCAGAUAGCUCAAUGGCUGGACCUCAUCCGGGACAUGAUCAAUAACUAUGCCAACGAGGAGCGCCAGAAGCUGCAGGAGCGCUACUGCCGCGAGAAUGAUCACCUGCAUCGGAAGGCGCCCAGUUUUUCGCUUUACCGUGACUCCAAUCGCUUCAGCACUGACAGUGGCAUUGGCAACAUCUGGAUUAUGCCCAGACCGGAUGAAGAUGCUGUCGGCAAUCGCACCACUUGGUAUGCGGCCACCUAGAUCCCCAAUCAAGGACACCAAGGAAAUGGGUCAAAAUAAAGAAAAGCUAUAAGGAAAUUGUUUCCACAGCUCUGCCUGUAAGGCAUCCAGGAUAUAUAAAGUCAAAACAUUGGCUUAUUGUUGUUCGCAAAGGCGAGACAUAAAUCAUAUGAUUUAAAUGCUAAAUCACCAAAUAUCGUAUUCUAAGUUUAGUUAUCUAUUAGAUCUGUGCAUAUUGCUGUAUUAAUGUUGUCACAAAAUGCAAUUUGUUGAAACUUCUUCAGUGCCUGUGUUGUAGGCGCUAGGCGCUAAUAAACAAAAUAAAAUAAAAAAUUAAAGAGAAAAUCUUAA